GUUGAUCGAGGCGCUAAACUAGGCACCACCAGGCUCCAGCCUAUAAAUAUCCUGGAUAGCUUCAUGUCUAGCCGAAUCCAGACAAGCCUUAUCGACUAAACGCUGUCUCGCCUCCCAUAUAUAACAUGCGACUCAGCCUCUUUGUUUUUUCUUUCAACAUCCACCAUCACCAUCACCAUGGGCAAACAAAUCCCCUCCCCCGAGGAUGAUCUACCUCCAGCCUACUCCCCACCCUCCGUUCCCACCCAGGAUCAAUCUCAGUCUCAAAAUGACGACGAUCUCCUCCGCCCCACAGAGAGCUACGACUCCAUUCUCGGCGGCAGACCCUACCACAGUCUCUCCAGCGCCACCCGUGCCACGUCCACCGUGACCUUAUGGCCCGAAUAUUCGCAAGAUGCCUCCGUUCUAGCGGAUUUCAUCACGGAACACACAGAGCUGCCUCCACAGCCCCACCUCUCCAUCCGCGGCGAACACUCCGACAGCGGCGGCUCCAAGAACAACAAAUCCAAAGUCGUCGACUUCGACUUCCAAAUCGACCUCACCCGCUCCCUCAUCCGCCACGGCGACUCCGCCUCCCGCUGGGCCUACACCUCCUGCGUCUCCGACAACGACGGCCAAAAGGCCUACCGCGGCGGGCGCUGGCGCUCGUCCGGCCCGUCCGCUCCCAGCGGCCGCAUCGCCCUCCCAACAGACGAUACCGAGCUCCCCGCCGACACGGACCUCGAGUCCGGCAACAACAACACAACAUCAGAGACAACAAGCGAGGCGGAGAUCAAGAUGUGGAGCGCGCGGUUCUGCAACGACCCCGCGAGUGUCAAAUCCUUCACUUUCACCCGCAGCCUCAAUAAUUUCGACUAUGAAGUCCUGCGCCGCGAGCUAACCGGGCACCUGCGCAGUCUGAACUACGAAGGCACGAUAACGAUCGAGCCCGUGUUGCUCGGGUCCCGCGUGACGGUGUACUCCCCCCACUGGAUCAACAAGCUGCGCAACAACGCCUUCGCCUUCUGGGCGUGUAUCAUCCUGCAGCUGUGGAUCCUGACGUGGCCUGUUAUCUGGCUACUCGAGAAGCGGUACGAGGUCGUCCGGACGCAGUGGCUCUUCUCUCGCACGACUUUCGAGCACACCGGCGAGCGGAUCAGCGAGCACAGCGUGAGGGUGAUCCGUCACACGGAGUAUGCUGCUGGGAAAGAUGAGAUGGGUGUGGCGGAGAUGUGGGCGCCUGUUGUGCGCCAGGCGGCAUGGGAGAAGAAGCUGGGUGGGUGUGCGUUGGUGAAGGAUGAGAUUUCGGGGCUGAAGGCGAGGGACGAGGAGAGGAGGGCGCGGGCGCAGACUGGGGGGAAUGAGUGGGUGGAGCGCACGCAGGCUGUGAUGGGCGUUGCUCGGGGGUUGAUGGGUGUGCCUGGUGGUCGUACUACUACUGGGGGGAGGGGAGGGUGGGGAAGGGAUAGGAAUAACUCGCGUAAUGGGGCGUUGACUGUUUCGACGGGCAAUUCGACGUGGAGUAUCAAUGUUUGAUUUGUGGUUUUCUUUCGUUUGAUGGUAUUUGACCGAGUAUCAGGAUUGGAUAUGUAUUGGAGAAUCUGGGGACAUCACUCAUAUAGUCUAUUGACCAUGGUGUUUCUACCUCACUUGCCAUAAUCUAGUCCCACCAUUUGAGAAUAGUUAAUAGAAAAUACACGUG